CGCCCCGCUCCCGCCGUACCCGGCCCCGGCCCCGCGCCGGGCGCUGCCCAUGGGGAGCGCGGCCCGUCGGCGGCCCGGCACCGCGACACCCCGCCAUGCCCGCCUGGGCCAUCCUGCCCGUCAUGCUGCCCGCCUUCACCAUCACCGGCAUGUGGAUCGUGUACGCCAUGGCACUGUCCAACAACCACAUCUGCCCUGUGCACAACUGGAACUACAACCAGUCGUGUGGCCUGGACAGCCCCGGCUCCUGCUGCACACUGGAUCACAUCCCGCUGGUCAGCAAGUGUGGCACCCUGCCUCCUGAGAGCUGCUUCUUCAGCCUCAUCUGCAGCCUGGGCUCCUUCAUGGUGAUCCUGGUGGGGCUGCUGAGGUACGCCCACGUCCUGGAGCGCAUUGGGCCAUCGCUUCUCAACACCCUGGGGCUGGCUGCAGGCUGGCUCUGUGCUGCUGGGCUCACCAUGGUGGGCAACUUCCAGGUGGACCACGCCAAGGUGCUGCACUACAUUGGGGCGGGGGUGGCCUUCCCCACCAGCAUGCUGUUCGUCUUCCUGCAGUCCGUCCUCACGUACCGUGCAGCCAAGACCCACGGGCACUACUGGACAGGCCACCUGCGCAGCAUCCUCACCGCCGUGGCCUUCGUCACACUCAUCUUCAGCGGUGUGUUCUUCAUCCAGGAGAGUUUUGUUCUGCAGCACGUGGCCGCCCUGUGCGAGUGGGUGUUCAUCAUUGACGUUCUGGUCUUCUAUGGCACCUUCACUUUUGAGUUCGGGGCCAUCUCUACAGACACCUUUCUGGUGCUGCUGAGAGCCAGCCGGGCCCCCAAGAGCCACAAAGGGGAGGACAGCCUGCCUGGCGCGGAGGGGCUGCCCAUGCUCUGAGCUCCGUGCCACGAGCGUCUCCCACCCUAGUGCCUCUGGGUGUGUGUGUGUGUGUGUGUGUGUGUGUGUGUGUGUGCACAUGGUGCUCGGUACCUGCCCUCCCACCUGGGGCUGCAGCCCAUGUCCCUGCACAGGGGCUGGCCCUGCCUCCUUUCAGCUGCCGGGUGCAAUCAGGAUCCACUGCCCAGGCUGUGCCCAGUGGCUUCCCUGGGCUGUCUGUGCCCAUUCCACGCUCCUUAUAAGCCAGCAUGGGAGGCCUUGCAGGUCUGCAGCUGCUUGGGGUCUGCCCAGGGUGAGUGAGUCCUUUGUGGCCUCUGCCGUCCCCUGGGCUCGUGGGAGAGCAACGAGUGUGUGUGUGUGGACAUAGAGCUAUGUAUAUGUAUAUAUAUAUAUGUGUACAUACACAUAUUAUAUAGUUUUUCCUGUCCCUCGAGAGGGGUGGUUGCUGCUGCUGUGCGCGUUGAUCAGGUUGUGCUUCCCGACCAGCUCACAAUCGGCCUAGAACCCACCGGUACGUGUAGUUAAAGAGGAUUUUUUAUAUAUAAUAUAUUAAAAAAAAAAA